AUGAAAACUUUAUAUAUUGUAAUACUAUUAAAUAACUCUUUGGAUCUCUUUCUCAUGCAAUCUAUAUUACAACAAAUAUUAGAGAAUCAAUUCAUUAAUGAAUUGAUUCAUAACUAUAGCGUAGCACAUUUGGUACUUCAUGGCUUGAUGUUAUUCUUUAUCAUAUACCUCUUGUCGAUGAGACCGUUUAAACCACGUCCCAACGACACAUUGAAUCCACGCGAAGAGGAGGAAUUGAUCAAAGAAUGGAAGCCAGUGCCAUUGGCACCCAAGAUGUCGCGUAACGAACUCCGUAACGCUGCCAACCCCAUCACCAUCACCAAAUCCAACUCUACCAACAACGUCGUCUCUGUCAAUGGCAAGGACAAUGUCUUGUGCAUGUCGCGCACCAACUAUUUGGGUCUCUUGUCGGACCCACGUCUCAACGAGGUUGCUGAACGCACCAUCCGCAAGUACGGUGUCGGUUCGUGUGGCCCACGUGGCUUUUACGGCUCGAUCGACGUGCAUCUCUCGCUCGAAAAGCGUUUGACACAGUUUAUGCGUGCACCACAGACCAUUGUCUACUCGUCGGGCUAUGCUACCAUCACAUCGGCCAUCCCAGCCUUUUCCAAGAUUGGUGACAUUAUCAUUGCCGAUGCUGGUCUCUCCCAUCCUGUCCAAGUCGGUAUCACAUUGUCGAGAUCACGUGUGCACUACUUUAAGCACAACGAUGUGUCAGACUUGGCCCGCAUCCUCGAACAAAUUGCACAAAAGGAGGAAGAAGACCUAAAGAAUGGCAAGGGCAAGUUGGUCCGUAAGUUUGUCGUCCUCGAAGGUAUCUACUUUAACAGCGGUGAUAUCGCUCCACUUCCACAAGUCAUGGCUCUCAAGGAGCGUUACAAGUUCCGUGUGAUGCUCGAAGAGUCUCAUUCGAUCGGUGUCAUUGGUCGUACGGGCCGUGGUAUCUGCGAGCACUAUGGUAUCGACGUGAACGACAUUGAAGUCAUCUGCGCUAGUCUUGGUCACGCCUUUGCCGCCGGUGGAGGGUUCUGUUGUGGAGCUGAUGCCGUCGUCAAUCACCAACGUCUCAACGCACUCGGUUUUGUCUUUUCCGCUUCGCUUCCUCCAUUCCACGCUACCACUGCCGAGACUGCUGUCAACAUUCUCGACCAAGAUCCCAAGCUCCUCUCCAAACUCUCCAACAAUUGCGCAAUGGCCUACGAAGCCUUCAACAACCUCCCCGGAUUCCGUGUUAUUGGCUCUCCCAUCUCCCCCAUCCUCCAUCUCCGUCUCGAAAAGACAACUGGUACCCGUGACGACGACGAUGAUCUCCUUGAAAUGAUUGUCAUGAAGUCGCUCGAUCGUGGUCUCCUCAUUUCUCGCUCCAAAUAUGUCGACGGCGAGAAAUACCUCCCCGAACCUUCCAUCCGUCUCUGUAUUAAUUCAACAAUGACCGAAAGAGACAUUCAAUUUACUCUUGAAACCAUUAAAGAUGUUAGUUUAAAUUUAUUACAAAAUUAA